UCCAGUUGAUACUCUCAAAUUCGCACAUCCGAUAAAAUGUCUGCGAUAUUCUCUGGAGCACCCCCGCAGGGUGGUCCCGGAUACUCGUUCAAGCAGACACCCACAACUGUCCCAUCAGGCGAACGACAGCACGGUUUCUACCCAUAUACGGAUAACGGUGGUUCCACACUCGGCAUUUCAGGCGCUGAUUUUGCUAUCCUUGCCGGCGAUACUCGAUCGACCUCUGGCUACAACAUCAAUACAAGAUAUGCCCCCAAGCUUUUCAAGAUUGGCGGCGAGGGCCCAGACAACAAAGGCGCACGGAUAGUGCUUUCGGUCGUCGGAUUUGCAGCGGAUGGUGAUGCACUCAAGGAGCGUCUGGACACCAUCGUCAAGAUGUACAAAUACCAGCAUGGCAAGCCCAUGACCGUUUCAGCAUGUGCUCAGCGACUGAGCCAUAUCCUCUACAACAAGAGAUUCUUCCCAUACUACGUUCAUGCUAUUCUUGGUGGCCUUGACGAAGAGGGCAAGGGAGCUCUAUACUCGUACGAUCCGGUGGGAAGCUACGAGAGAGAGCAAUGCAGGGCAGCCGGUGCAGCAGCGUCUCUUAUCAUGCCGUUCCUAGACAACCAAGUCAACUUCAAGAAUCAAUACGAGCCAGGAAGCGGUACUGGACACGAUUUGCAGGCCAAACAAGCACAGCCCUUGCCACAGAACACAGUAGAGGAUCUUGUUAGGGAUGCAUUCACGAGUGCGGUGGAGAGGCACAUUGAGGUCGGUGAUGGGUUGCAAAUGAUGAUCAUCACUAGCGACGGUAUACAAGAGACGUACACCCCGCUCAAGAGGGACUAGUCGAAAGUGUAUGGGGGCAGUGGUUUUGGGACAAUGCUUAUCCACGGUGCAGAGCGCGGAAGUUGGCAUUCUGUAAUUAUAGCAUUUCGAGGUGCUAAAGGAGUGACUACAACGACUGAAGUGUCCACUUGAGCACUCGAUCCGAUAGAUCUGCUACAGCAGGCAAUGAAUUCAAUGAACUCAACAAUCUACC